GGAAAGUUUGGGCGAUAUGUGAGUUCUAUUUUCUUUUGAUGGAAUUCAAAUAGGUUUGUUUCAACACCAAACAAUUCAUGAUUGGAAUUUGAUGUUUAGGCUGUCCUAGAGUGACCUUUUUAAACAAAAAGAACGAGAAUUGAGGCUGCAGAAAGGACUUAAAGUUCUCUACAUUGUUCUCUUGGUAUCGAGGGAAUAGUGUCGCAGUUCAACUGAACAUUGCAAUCACGACUCUCUGACCUCUUAAGUACGUGUUCAGUUUUCUAUUGAUUUUUUGUCCCACGUACCACACAAUUUUCGACAAUACGCGGAGUUAUUACAGUCGGCCUCAUACGUCUGAAAGGCAGCCUGCACGCAGUUUAGGUGGAGGACCCCUUUGGAGCGUUGGGACGUUUUUGAGAUUUUCGUAUUAUUAUUUUUUCGGUAUACCUGUAGAUUUUCCAACUUAGGUAUCUUGCUGGAGAUCAUUCAUAUUCUACAACGCCCCCGAGUAUCCUUGAAAAGCAGCAACUAAUCAUUUGACGUCACAGAUAUCGAAGAAGAGAUCUUCACCAAGCAAAAUGGGAGUCGUGUCUAUCGUUGGGAAAAUUGUCCUGGUCGUUGUGAACAUCUUAAUCCUG